UCCGCUCAGUGAUCCCCGCUGCCACCAAGAUGCCGAUGCUCGUGAUUAACACCAAUGUCAGCCGCCAGGCCAUACUGGAGAGCCUGCCCGGGGAGUUCACCCAGCAGCUGGCCAAGGCAACUGGCAAGCCAGCCCAGUAUAUCGCGAUCCACAUCGUGACCGACCAGCUGAUGUCCUUUGGCGGCUCAGCUGAGCCUUGUGCCCUGUGUAGCCUACACAGCAUCAGCAAGAUAGGCGGCCCGCAAAACAAGGCUUACUCGAAGUUGGUGUGUGACCUGCUUACUAAACACCUGCAGAUACCAGCAGACAGGGUCUACAUCAACUAUUAUGAUAUGAAUGCUAGUAACGUGGGCUGGAAUGGAUCCACCUUUGCGUAAGGCUCUUUGUGAGCAAUCUCUCUAAGGCCUUCUUUAGGCACAUCAGCCAUCACAGCCAAGUUCUCCUCCCUACUGCGAGCUCCUUGCUGGUUUCUUGCGUG